UUUGUAUUGUACCUACCUACAAAGUUUUCUACAAACACGGAUGCACUUUUGUACCUUUUUGUACCUAUAUUUGUGAUGACACAAAGAUUCAUAAACAAUAUCAAAGUUUAAAGUCUGUACUUACCUAUAGAUGCUUUAAAAUUUCGAUUUUACAAAAAAGGAAUUCUGAGAUCACCAAUGUAAAAAAAUAAAGAAGAAUAAAGUACACGAUUAUAACUGCAAAGGAUCUCGGUUGGGUCUUCUGUUUAGUGAUAUAUUUAAUUUUUAGCAUUUACUUAAAAUACAAUGGAUAUCAUAAUAAAAGUUAAUAACCAAUCUAACGGGCGGGAUAAAUUAGCUAGAUUAAUACAAUAUACAAGUCGUCUUGUUUGGCAUCAAUUAGAAAUAAGAAAUGCAAAUAAAUAUUCUGUUGACAGAAUAAAAAACUUAGAGAGUAAUUUCGGAUCUUUCAGAAAAAUACUGAGACUAGGAAGAUGCAUAGAUAUCUGCUAUGCAGCCUUGGACAGCAUGAACAUAGAUGAUCCUAUAUUAAGACUGACAUUGAGUACGAGCAAGUUAGCAUAUGCAUUGUAUUUAUAUUCUGACCACAUAGUUUGGUUAACAAGGAGUGGAUUCUUGAAAACUGAUUCGGACAGCUGGAAUCGCACUGCAAAUAAAUUUUGGUUACUUUCUAUCAUUGCUAACUUAGCGAGAGACUUUUAUGAAAUAUUACAUAUUUUAGAACUCAACACAUCCACAUUUUUGAAGCCAUCUGAAUUACUUAAUGUGUCUGCUAGGCAUUUUGACUUGCAAUCAACUGCAAAACAUAUUUACGCAUUACUUAAUUGCCAUAGAGAUGUUUUUAUUGAUACUUUGAAAAACUCUUGUGACUUGUUCAUUCCCCUGACUGCGUUAGGUUUCACAAAAUUGAGCCCAAGUGCAGUUGGUACUCUUGGAGCACUGUCUUCCAUUGCAGCUCUUGUAACUCUUGUAAAACCAAUAACAAAGUUAGUACCUUCAUAAUGCAAAGCUUGUUCAUUGUGUUAAUUAAGCUAUCAAAUUACUACUUAUACUGGUAACAAGAUCAUAUUCAUCUUGGAAAGGCUAAGUUUUGCCAUUGGCUACCAAUAAUUGAUUUUUGAGUUUGUUCACAUAGAUUUGUGGGUGUGGUAACAAAAUAUUAAUCAUAUGAAGUGAUAGGAUAACAAAAUUGGGAUUCUUCUUGAAGGUAAUGGGAUUCUUCUCAUAGGCUUGCUAACAACCUAUUUGAGUCUCAUUAUUAGUCUCAAUACUAUCAUGGCUUGGCUUACCAAGAGCUGAACAUGACCAAUCUCUUUUCAAAACUGUUGGCUCUCUACGUCUAUGGAUGUGAUAAUAUGUGUAUAUGAAGUGAUAUCCAUGUGUUCCCGUCACGCGCCUAUACCCGCCGCCGAGCCGGCAUGUUUAUGUGUGAACAAGCAGUAACCCUUGUUUUACCUUCAACUAAGACAAGUCUACAUAGUAAGUAAAGUAAAAAUAGAUAGCCUGUGUUCUUCCUCUGGGUCAACUGUCACACAUACAACAGAUGGUUACUUCCACAUUUUUAUAUAAGGGAUAAUGGUGAUAUUAUUUUUUAAGGGUUAAGGUGCUAAGGAAGAAUUAUGUUAAACCAAGAGUACAUUAGGGUGUUGUAUAUUUUGUUGUAUUUCUAGUGCAUGAUAGAUGAUAAGAUGUGAUAUUUUUGUUAAUAAUAAAGUUUAUAUAUUUUACUUCAUAAUACUUUGGGAAAUAAAUGUUCUUUAUUUAUCA